AUCAGUCCAAGGACAUUACUCUGGAGGCGAAGAGGCUGGGACUGGCGCGGCGAGCGGCGAGGACCGAGCCUGCCUCCUGCCUGCCGGCCACUAGCCGGCUCUGCUUCUAAGCGCAGUCUAGCCGGGAGGCCGGUGCCGAGGGAGCCUCCUGGCCCCGCGGUUCUGAGCUCUCGGGGAGAGGAAGGGUGCCCGGGGCUGGAUUGGCAAACUCCGCCCUCCACUUAUUAUUUUGCUUAUUUUUCUUUGUGCGCGCCUGUUAGUUUGUUAAACCAGAUCUAGUCCCAGAGUCUUUUCUCCUCCCUUCUCUCCCCCUCCUUCUCCCCCCUCCUCCCCCCCUCCAGGUCCUUCUACUUCCCCUCCUCCCUCCUAUCCCUCUGCAGGAGACUCUCGCAGCGACGGAAAGUUGCAGCCCCUGGUACCGCCUUGGGGGUCUUCCGACGGUGUCCAACCGCCGCCACCCCUCUCCGACUACGACACUUCGGAGAUCUCCUUCGCCCGCACCCUCGCUCAUUUCAGCCGGAUCGCUGGUGCCCAGAACGCCCCACCCAUGACGAUGCUCCUGGACGGAGGCCCGCAGUUCCCCGGGCUGGGAGUGGGCAGCUUCGGCGCGCCGCGCCACCAUGAGAUGCCCAACCGCGAGCCGGCGGGCAUGGGUCUGAAUCCCUUCGGGGACUCGCCCCACGCCGCCGCCGCCGCCGCCGCCGCCGCUGCCUUCAAGCUGAGCCCCGCCGCGGCUCACGAUCUGUCUUCGGGCCAGAGCUCGGCGUUCACGCCGCAGGGUUCGGGUUACGCCAACGCCCUGGGCCAUCAUCACCACCACCAUCACCACCAUCACCACGCCGGCCAGGUGCCCAGCUACGGCGGUGCCGCCUCCGCCGCGUUCAACUCCACGCGCGACUUUCUGUUCCGCCAGCGCGGCUCCGGGCUGGGCGAGGCGGCCUCAGGUAGCGGGCAGCACGGGCUCUUCGCCGGCUCGGCGAGCAGCCUGCACGCUCCGGCUGGCAUUCCCGAGCCCCCCGGCUACCUGCUCUUCCCCGGGCUGCACGAGCAGGGCGCCGGGCACCCGUCGCCCACCGGGCACGUGGACAAUAACCAGGUCCACCUUGGGCUGCGCGGAGAGCUGUUUGGCCGCGCCGACCCGUACCGCCCGGUGGCCAGCCCGCGCACGGACCCCUACACGGCCGGCGCGCAGUUCCCUAACUACAGCCCCAUGAACAUGAACAUGGGCGUGAACGUGGCGGCCCACCACGGGCCUGGCGCCUUCUUUCGUUACAUGCGGCAGCCCAUCAAGCAGGAGCUGUCGUGCAAGUGGAUCGACGAGGCUCAGCUGAGCCGGCCCAAGAAGAGCUGCGACCGGACCUUCAGCACCAUGCAUGAGCUGGUGACACAUGUCACCAUGGAGCAUGUGGGGGGCCCGGAGCAGAACAACCACGUCUGCUACUGGGAGGAGUGCCCCCGCGAGGGCAAGUCCUUCAAGGCGAAGUACAAACUGGUCAAUCACAUUCGGGUGCACACGGGCGAGAAGCCUUUCCCGUGCCCCUUCCCGGGCUGCGGCAAGAUUUUUGCCCGCUCCGAGAACCUCAAGAUCCACAAGAGGACCCACACAGGUGAGAAACCUUUCAAAUGUGAAUUUGAAGGCUGUGACAGACGCUUUGCCAACAGCAGCGACCGCAAGAAGCACAUGCAUGUGCACACUUCGGACAAGCCCUAUAUCUGCAAAGUGUGCGACAAGUCCUACACGCACCCGAGCUCCCUGCGCAAGCACAUGAAGGUUCAUGAAUCUCAAGGGUCAGAUUCCUCCCCUGCUGCCAGUUCAGGCUAUGAAUCUUCCACUCCACCCGCUAUAGCUUCUGCAAACAGUAAAGAUACCACUAAAACCCCUUCUGCAGUUCAAACUAGCACCAGCCACAACCCUGGACUUCCUCCCAAUUUUAACGAAUGGUACGUCUGAGGACAAACACAAACACAAACCCUGUUAACCAUAGAAUGGACCAAAUGCAUUUUAAAAAGAAAACUGAGACCAAUCAGAUGGAAAUGGAGUUUUAAGGCAAGAGGCCAUACAUAGGGCUACAUCUUGUUCAUUGCAAUUGUCCAGGAAGGCUUUGGGGCAAGAUCCAAAAGUAGUCAUGCCCUUUUCUCAGGAUUAGAAAAUAUGUUUUGGCAUUUGAAGGAUUAAAACAAAAAAUCUUUUCACUGCAUUUUCUUCCCCUUUCUCUUGCUCUCUGCUCACCCCAUCCCUGAACGCCUUCAGUUCAUUUUAACUCUUGUCCUGUUCCUUGAGAGGAAGUUACAGAAGGCUUGGUGGUGGUGGUGAUGUUAAAAUUGAUGGAAAAAUCUUCGCCUUAGUGGUGAUUGUUUAAACUCUCACAGUCUUAAACCGUGCCAAAGUCCUGUUAUGUCUUGAACUUUUCCUCAAAGCAUUACACUUGUGAAUGUAUUUUUGUCGAAUGGGGUCGAAACUGUUGUUCAGUAUUUUUUCAGGCUGAGGAUGUGAUGUUACUCUACACAGAUUGUGACGUUUAGUAUACAGUUGCCUUUUGUAAGAACUUUUUUUUUGUAAAUACAUAUCCAUUGAUGCCAUAUUUAUCGUUUGUAAUUUAAUUAUUGCUACAAGUGCCGGGAACUGAACAAUAUUUAUGGAUAAAUGUUUUCUAACAAAUUCUGUACAGCUUUUGAUUAUAACCGCUUUAGCAUUAAAUUUUAUUGUUUUGAAAGAAGAACACAAUUUACAAUUUU